CCUCCCCAGAUGCCUUAGCCAGAGCCCGUUGUUUGGCUCGAAGGGUACCUGUGAUCCAUCGGGAGAGGACCCGCGCAGGCCGAGCCCCGCCAGGGGUGGCGCUCUCUCCCCCUCAGCGCUGGGAAGGCCUGGUGAGCUGGGGGGCCGGGCCUGUCACGCAAAUGCGCUCCGGGGAGGGACGAGAUGAGGACGAGACGAGCCCAACUCCUAGGAGGGCAAAGGCGGCGGCGGCGCUGGCUGCCUGGGCAAAGGCGAACGUAGCGCGGGCCGGACGGAGCCCUGGGCAAGUGGGCCGCGGGCCGGAGCAGGCCCCGGCUGACCUCCUCCCCGCCCGGCCUCCAGAUGGCCAGCGAUGGGGCUGGCGUGGGGGGCUUUCGGCGGAGCCCUCCCCUCCUCCUCCUCCUCCUCUUCUCUUGCUUCGGCUGCCACGGUGUGUCUUCAAAGGGCGUCCAGCCAAAAUGCCACACAGACUAUGACACUGAGGUGGUUUGCCACUGGGAAGUGGACGCCUCCACCAACUGCACCGACUCAUUCCGGCUGCUGCUGCAUGUUAAGAGGUUUCAUCCAUUGGACCCAGACUUUGCCACGGGGUGUACUCCUGAGAACGAGAGAGGCCCAGACACAAUCCCCAAGUGUACUUGCACUUGCAUCAUUCCACAGAAGAUGUUCGAACGCGUCACGUAUGAUUUCUCCCUGGAAGCCAACAGGACAGAGAUCUGGAACAGAACAGUGGAUCCUGCAGAUCUUGUGAAGCCCAGGGCCCUUGUGAACCUGACUGUUCAGAGGAAGGAGAACCGCAUGUUCCUUCUCACCUGGAGCAGGGACUACAGACCGCGGAAUCCCCUGUACAAUGAGAACCGGGCGGAGUAUGAGGUUGCCUAUUGGCCGAAAGACCAAAGGGAUCAGGAAUGUAGUUUCCAAGAGGUACAAUCUAGCUAUAAAAUCUUUGCUGACCACCUCACGCCAGCGGCCACCUACGUUGCAAGAGUGCGGCAUAGAUUUAAGCUGUAUGGUAAUACCUGGAGUGAGUGGAGUGCCCCGCAGGAAUGGCUGAACAAUUUUGGGUCAAGCCAUGACAAUGUGCUCUGGAAUUCCAUCCUUGGGCUGUGCCUGCUGAUCAUGGUCCUGGUCGUCAUCUGCUACCUCUGCUUUGUGCGGGUGAAGAGAAAAUGGUGGGACCAAAUCCCAAGCCCAGCCAAGAGCAAAGUGGCUGAAAACAUGACUGUGAAACCGGUUUCCUUUGUGAGGAAGGUCUGCUCAGCUGUGGAAGGCAAGCAACAUCUCCAGGACACACACAAACUGGACUCUCAGAGCAAAAUUGAUGUCACUUUCUGCAGCCAACCAACGAGGGGCAAAGUUCCUAAGAACAGCCCUGGAGGUAAACAGGAGGUGUUCCUCACACCGGAGGUCACUGUGGUCGAAUAUCCCGUCCUGAUCUACAGGCAUGAAUCUGAUGCCAAACCUGAGGCUCCGGAAGCAGAAGCGGAUUGGGUCCCUCAUGAAGACGCCGUGGCCAGGCUCUUCAGGGUCCUUCUCAGUGGUGAACUGAGCAUGGGGGGCACCAGCAUCCUAGAGCCUCUUGCACAAGAGGAGCAGUCCCCUACUGAGGGCCAAGCUCCGGAGCGCAUGCCAAGUGCUGUUGGCUUAUGGCAAGACGUGCCUCUGGGCAAGCCCCAAGGAAGUUUGGAGUCCUCUUCCGAAUCUGGCUAUCGCAGCUCCAGCACAGAGGCGGCCACUUCUUCCCGGGCAGCCAGUCCUGACCCUGAGCAGCUUCUUGGCCAUGGCCUUUGCCCUUCUGCAGUGCAACCUUCUGUGCUGCUCUUGCCUCCUCACGAGUCAGACCAUGCCUUUGCCACUGUCAGAAUCGGCCCCCUGGAGGAGGGCAGCUCAGCAGUGCCCUCUGGCUACAAGUGCUUCAACAGCUUUGUGUCUGAGCCCUUGGCCAACUUCAGUCAGCUUUUACCCCCGCAGUGGGAGGGAAACCCAGAAGCCCCCCCCCAGAAUGCCCCUGGGAAAGCAGACACCCUUCCUUGCCCAGUGGCCGCUCUCCUGUCUGGCUACCGAUCCUUCAGCUCUGCUCUUCAGAGCAGCCCCAAAUCACCCCAGGGCAGACGCAGCAGCAGCAGCCUCGACUUGCAAUCCCCAUAUAAGCCCUUGCAGAGUUGUCAGGAGCAGCCCCCCACAAACAGCCCCUGUGGACAGAAUCCUUUUUCACCCCGGCUGGGGGGCCCAGGAGAUCCAGCCUGGCCAAGGGCACCCUGGGAGGCAGACCUUGGCAUGCGAGAGAGCACCGCUGGUGGAGGCUUCAAGAGAGGCGCAGCCAGGGACAGAGGCCUUUUGUGCCCCUGAGACGCCACGUGGACAAGCUGUGGGUGCACAUCUUUGCUGCCGGUUGUGAGUGUGCUUCGGCUCUCCUGCUGACAGGCUACGAGUCCAGCAACCAGACUGCUGCUGCUUGGGGGGGGGGUUCUGCCCAGCCUUCCUUUCUAACACCAUCCCUCCCCCCCCAGCAGCUUACUGCAGUUGCUGCUGCGUUGAUGGCUUCCUCCUCCCCCACGCCCAUGCAAGGGCCUCACCUAGAGCUGCUCCUACAGGUGGGGGACAAGGAGGCCUUGCAGCAGGCCCUCCGCCGUGCCCUGACAGGCAUCAGAUGAAAGUUGGGGGUGGGGGAGGCUGGAGAAAGGGACUUGGGCUGCUUGAGGGGGCGGUGGUGCAGGAAAGGGACGGACUGCCCAUUGAUUGAAAAACAUUCUAGCAUUAAAUAUUUGUAUCCAUAUAA